GCCACACAUGGUCCUUCAAAACUGGAGUUAAAGUGACUGUGAUUCCUUGUCUUAGGUUAACAUCACAGUCUUCUGAGAACUUCGAAGAAAGCCCUCAACCUCAAAAGCCAUCUAGCCCAGGUGAAUUCCAGGACAAGGAGGCUCCCACACCCAAGAUAUCAUCCAUCACAUGUGGCCAGAUGCCUGAACAUAGGACUCCGCUGUUUUCUGAGCUACACCUGGCCAAGUUAGAGAGAAUGUUUGCGGAGAACAUUGAUUCAAAUGGAGUCCUGGAUCUGGGAGUUUUCAUUAAGACCAUGAAGAAGGUUCUGCAGAAUGUGUCAGAUGAGAUGCUGGAGACCCUGUUUUUGAAGGUGGACUCAAAUUGUAAUGGCUUCAUCACCUGGGAGAAAUAUAUGGAUUACAUGAUGCAUGAGUUCCAGGGGCUGGAGUUGAUGAGGAAGAGCCAGUACUGCCUGCUGUUCCAGCUCCCUAUGAGGAUCAUCCCCCUGAAUCAUGGGUGUGAGAUUGUGAAAGUGGAGUUUUUCAUCCAACGAUUCAAGAAGAUUGGGUGUUUCCUGACUAUCACCAAAGAUGGGAUCCUGCAGUUCUGGUCUGAGUCUUUCUCACUGAUUAACUCCUUUAUGCUUAGCCAGUUCCUGCAGCUCCACAGCCAGCAGAUGUGGGUCACAGACAUGGUGUGCCUGCCCAACCUGAACCUCAUUGCAGUUUCAUCUACCAAACUGAAGAUAGGUGAGUCCUGGGCUCCCCCAGGCCUGCUUUCUGCACUUGCACUUGGGCAGCUGUGUCAGCUGAGCACCCCGUAGCAUGGAUGCGAGCCCUCUGGAAGCACUGGUGGGAGGAGAGGCCUGGUCAUCAGGUGCCGAGUGGCUGCUGAGUGCUGGGUGCCAUAGGAGGGACCAAGAGGGACCAGUCACUUGUUGACUGCCCAACUCCUCUCAGUAGGCAGGGAAUGCUUAAUGAAUACCUGAAUAUUGAAUUGAUCCAAAUUUAUCGACUGGAGGCUAUAACCAGUCCACCUCUAGCCCUGAUUCUCCCCUCUCCAGCCACCUGCAGCCUGGGCCACCCUGGGCUCUCACUUGAGUGGCACUGAAGCCUUGCUUGCGCUCUUCCUCUCAAGGCCCACGGAGCAGCUUUCAAAAUGCCUUUCUGCAGAAAGCUUUCAAUUCGCUCCCCUGCUCUUAGCCUGGUGAUGGGAUCCUUAACUUGGCCCCAGGCCCUGGAAGUCCUGACCCCUAUGGCCCCACAGUCUUCUCUACCUGUUGCUGUCCCUGGAGCCUGAGGCUACUGUGACCUUCUCUCCCCUCUUCUGAUGGGUGCUGCGGCCUCCGUCCCUGUGCUCCAGCGAUCCUCUGGCACCUCUCCCCACCCCCACAGCGUCUACUUUCCCUUUAGGUUUCAUCUCAGAUCUCACUUCCUCCAGGGGUCUUUUGUGACCAUCUCCUCCAAGUCAGUUUCCUCUGUUGAAAAGGCCUGUGU